CUCUUCUACUUUUCAUAAAAAAACAUAUAUUACCUCAUCCACUAAAUUAUAUCAAGACUUCCAAUUUUUAUAGAAAAUAAAUUCCCAUUUGAACCAUUGUUAGAAGCCUCAGAGCUGUAUCCGAAGUACCACGCAGACACACAGCAGGAGAAGUGGAAUGGCGAUUAUGGAGAAGUGUUUCCAAAUGGGUACUCCCAGAGCCUGCGUUCUACAACACUCUCAUCGUCGCUUUACUUCCAUGGAUAAACCCUCUUUCACCAACAUCUUGAAGCCUCCGAUGAAAGCUUCGGCUAUAACAUCUUCGUCUUCUGCUCAUUCUUUCAACCUCAGAUCCCGCAUCAUCUGCAAAGCUGCUGUAAAUCAAGUUCAAGUGGUGACAGACGGCACUUGGAAUGAAAUGGUGGAAGCAGCAGAGAUGCCGGUGUUGGUGGAGUUUUGGGCACCGUGGUGUGGGCCAUGCCGGAUGAUUGCUCCGGUGGUGGAUGAACUUGCAAAGGAAUACGCAGGCAAAGCUUUGUGCUAUAAGAUAAACACCGACGACUGCCCAAACAUAGCAUCAAAAUAUGGAAUCAGAAGCAUCCCAACUGUGCUCUUCUUCAAGAAUGGAGAGAAGAAAGAGAGUGUCAUUGGUGCUGUCCCUAAAUCCACUCUUUGUGCCACUUUAGACAAGUAUGUUGAGUAAUAACGCUUGCCUUCAAGGCUUCAUAAGGGGCUUAAAUUUUAUGCAAUUUUUGUUACAUUUCACAAAAAUAUUGUGUACAAGAAAUUGUAAAAAUAUUUUUCAUGUUAAUACUAUAUCCUUCAUUUUAAA